GACUAUCAGCAGGUUCGGUGAAUGGGGAAAUACUAUAUAAAGAGCAAGGCAAAGUAAGAAUCGAAACUAAUUCAUUAUUUCUUUUCUCAAAGUGUCUUAAGAAAUUGUGAGUUUUCGUUUAUUACGCACUUUACAAUUAUGAGCAUUUUUUCACAUACAAUGCAAAAUAUUAUUUGUGAAGUUUUAUUUCUUGUACUAUGUAUUGGUUUUUUUGUGCAUGGCAGAGAGAUUGGUACAAAGCACCAGGAUAUUGAUGAAUUAGUUAUUGAACCAAUUGUAGGUAGGUUUGACCAUAGCGAAGGUCCUCACUGGGAUUAUCAUACACAAAAACUUUAUUUUGUUGAUAUAGAAGCACAAAAAAUUUGUAGAUUUGAUCUUGCAACAAAAAAUCUUUCCUGCAUAUUUAUAGAAAAUGGACCUGUUGGGUUUGCCAUUCCUAUUAUUGGAGAACCUAAUAAACUUAUAGCUGGUAGCGGUACAGAUUUUAUUCGAGUUACAUGGGAUGGUCACAAGAAUUUCACAAAAUCUGCACCUGAAACACUUGCUAUUGUUGAUACUAAUCGCAAUAAUACUAGAUGGAAUGAUGGAAAAGUGGAUUCAUCAGGAAGAUUCUGGGGUGGAACAAUAGGACCAGAAGUAAAUGAUGUUGUUGUACCCAAUCAAGCAUCUUUGUAUCGUAUUGAUUCUCAUUUUAAACCAAAAAAGGAAUUAUCUCCUGUUACCAACAGCAAUGGCUUAGCUUGGAAUAUUCAAGAUGAUACAUUUUAUUAUAUUGAUACUCCUACGCGUCAAGUAGCAGCAUUUGAUUUUGAACCUAUCAAUGGAAUUAUAUCAAAUAAAAGAAUUGCAUUUGAUCUUCAGAAAACAAAUAUUUCUGGAUUACCAGAUGGUAUGACAAUAGAUACAGAUGGAAAUCUUUGGGUAGCUUUGUAUGGUGGAGGUGGCGUGGUCAAUGUUAAUCCACACACUGGUAAAGUAAUACGCUUUGUGAAGCUUCCUGUUACAAAAGUAACUAGUUGUACGUUUGGAGGACCUUUGUUUAAUACUUUAUUUGUAACAACAUCUAGCCGUGAUUUAACUGAAAAGGAACUUGCAGAAGAACCAUUUGCUGGUUAUGUUUUUGCUGUAAAAGGCUUAAAUGUAUAUGGUCUUGCAGCAAAUUCAUUUAAGGACUAAAUAAUCAUUUUUAAUACCAGAUAUUACAUUCCUUGUAUUCACUGUACACAAAUAAUAUUUAAAAGAAGAAACUAAUAAAAAUAAUAAUAUAAAA